GUUUGGAUAAAUUGUCGGUGCCUACGUAAACAUGUAAUUGUUGAAAGAUUAAAAGGGAUUUCUCGAUAACUACCAAAUUUACCAAAAAAAAAAAAAAAAAACAUUGAAGACGUGGUAUUUCAAUGCUAAACGUAUUUUUUUUGUUCUUCAUUGACACGUAUGUAGCUUGAAUAUAAAAUACGAUUGUGUUUAACAGUUUUCAACAGUGCAAGGCUACAUUUCGUUGAAAUAAGUAUUAAAAGAGUCUUGAGUGAGCAAUAUACAAGUAGUUUAUCUUCUAACCCAUAAUGGUAGUAAAGAACAUAUGUUGCUUGGGUGCUGGAUAUGUAGGUGGGCCCACAUGCAGUAUCAUAGCCCUAAAAUGUCCCGAAAUCAAAGUAACUGUAGUGGACAAAAGUAAAGCCAGAAUAGCCCAAUGGAAUAGCGAUAAAUUACCAAUAUAUGAACCCGGUCUCGACGAAGUAGUAAAGGCUUGCAGAGGAAAGAACCUAUUCUUCUCAGAUGACUGUGAUGCGGCAAUUUUAGAAGCUGACUUAAUUUUUAUAUCGGUUAAUACACCAACAAAAACUUUUGGCAAUGGAAAGGGAAGAGCUCCUGAUCUGAAAUUUGUAGAAGGGGCCGCGCGUAUGAUAGCGGACGUGGCGCAAAGCAACAAAAUCGUUGUGGAAAAGAGCACGGUGCCGGUAAACGCUGCUGAGAGCAUCAUGAAGAUUUUAAAGGCCAACCAAAGACCUGGGGUGUCUUAUCAAAUUUUAAGCAAUCCGGAGUUUUUGGCCGAAGGCACCGCAAUCAAUGAUCUUUUGAAUGCCGAUAGGGUGUUGAUCGGUGGGGAGGAAUCACCGGCCGGGGAGGCUGCUAUUGAGGAAUUAUGCCAGAUUUACGAACAUUGGAUUCCUAGGAAGAGAAUUUUGACUACUAACACUUGGUCCAGUGAGCUAUCGAAGUUGGCUGCCAACGCGAUGCUAGCACAAAGAAUUUCAAGCAUAAACUCCCUGUCUGCAGUCUGCGAGGCCACGGGAGCAGAUAUAACAGAGGUAGCAAGAGCGGUCGGAUUAGAUUCCCGAAUAGGUCCAAAAUUCCUGCAAGCUUCUAUUGGUUUCGGCGGGAGCUGUUUUCAAAAGGACAUCCUCAACCUGGUGUACAUUUGCGAAUGCCUGAACCUUCCCACUGUCGCGUCUUAUUGGCAAAGCGUCAUCGACAUGAACCAACACCAAAAACACCGUUUCACCGCCAAAGUGAUCGAGUGUCUUUUUAACACGGUCAGCGGUAAAAAUAUUUGCAUUUUGGGAUUCGCAUUUAAGAAAAAUACAGGAGACACCAGGGAGAGUGCCGCUAUUUAUGUAUCGAAAACGUUGCUGGACGAGGGAGCUUCUCUUAACAUUUACGACCCUAAGGUCGAAAAGCAACAAAUUUACGACGAUUUAAAAUACGAAGGGAUUUCAGAAGAGACACUUAAAAGAAACGUUCAUGUAUACCAAGACGCUUACUCCGCCACAAGGGAUUCUCAUGCCAUCGUUUUAUGCACUGAAUGGGAUGAAUUUGUGACCUUGGACUAUGAAAAAAUCUACGACCAAAUGAUGAAACCCGCUUAUAUGUUUGACGGGAGAAAGAUUUUGGACCACAACAAUCUUUUGAGAAUCGGUUUUCAUGUGGAAACCAUCGGUAGCAGACUGGGGCCUCCCUUUAAAAGCAGGAGGUUCAGCAGUAACCCGCAAAUCCUUUAAGGUUUUUAAAGGCACAAAAAAUACUUAAUUUUAAAAUCGUUUUAUAUCCUUCCAAUAAUAAGGAAAGUAUUAUUUUAAGCCUAACAGUAAUUUGUUGGGUAUUUUUAAUAUACAGAUGUAAGCCAGUAAUUUUAUAUAUUUAUUAGUCAGUAAGGUUUAUUGUAUUGGUGCUGAUUUUAAUUCUUGUGCAAUAAAAUAAUAAUAAAAGUAUUAAAUUAUCA